GCGGCGGGAAGCUGGGGGAGGGGUGAGGAUGGAGGGAGCCUGGGCCGGGAGGCAGUGCCGGUCCGGGCCCGGCAGCCUGGGUUGGGCUGGGCGGAAGCGGGGAUUCCUGUGGGGACGGCGCUUUUUCCUCUGCCCCGCCCCCUGGGACCACCUCCCCUCCCCCCUGCUGUCGGCCGCCCGCGACGGGGUCGGCGGCCGUUAGCUAGGCUUCUCGAGGCCGUUCCUUCAGGCCGCCUUCUCCCGGGCGGGAGAGAGGCCGUGUCCCUGCCGCUCCCGCAGGCCCCAGCUCCGCGCCCAGCCCCGCUUGCGGGGAGAGGGCCGGUUGGGAUUUCGGGGCUUUCCCGCCAGAGCAGCGUCUUCUCUCAAGGGAAGGCUGUUUCCGCCGGGAAGCUCGGCUUUCUGUUACACCUGCUUCGCCUCCCGCCUUCCGUGAGACCUGAACGCUAUUCCUCAGCUACUUCGGCGUCUCACGUAAACAUUGCUCCAACUCUUUUACUCUGUGGUGUCUCCCUGAGCUGUGAUAUCGCUAGUGCCACCAGCAGAAAGAAACGUCCGGACCCUCCUGCCCAGGUUAUGAAAAUCCCCUUAACGGCCCCCGUUUGCUUACCUGGCUCAUCGCCUCCCGGACUUUGUAUCUUUGCUAAAGUCAGUGAUGUGAAAAGACCUGACAUGGAUGAUAUUGCUGAUAGGAUGAAGAUGGAUGCUGGAGAAGUAACUUUAGUGAACCACAACUCCAUAUUCAAAACCCAUCUCCUGUCACACACAGGUUUUCCAGAGGACCAGCUUUCACUUUCUGACCAUCAGAUUUUGCCUUCCAGGCAAGGAAAUUUGGACCGAUCUUAUACAUGUUCUACGAGAAGUGCAGCUUAUAAUCCAAAUUAUUAUUCAGACAACCCUUCCUCAGACAGUUUUCUUGGCUCAGGAGACUUAAGAACCUUUGGCCAGAGUGCAAACGGCCAAUGGAGAAGUUCCACCCCAGCAUCAAGUUCAGCUUUACAAAAAUCAAGAAACAGCCGAAGUCUUUACCUCGAAACCCGAAAGACCUCAAGUGGAUUAUCAAACACUUUUAUGGGAAAGUCAAACCAUCACUGCCAUGUGUCUGCAUAUGAAAAAUCUUUUCCUAUUAAGCCUGUCCCAAGUCCAUCUUGGAGUGGUUCAUGUCGUCGAAACCUUUUGAGCCCCAAGAAAACUCAGAGGCGACAUGUUAGUACGGCGGAAGAGACAGUACAAGAAGAAGAAAGAGAGAUUUACAGACAGCUGCUACAGAUGGUCACAGGGAAACAGUUUUCUGUAGCCAAACCCACCACACAUUUUCCUUUACAUCUGUCUCGAUGUCUUAGUUCCGGUAAGAAUACUUUGAAAGACCCACUGUUUAAAAAUGGAAACUCUUGUGCAGCUCAGAUCAUUGGCUCUGAUACUUCAUCAUCUGGAUCUGCCAGCAUUUUAACGACCCAGGAACAACUGUCCCACAGUGUGUGUUCCUUAUCGUCUUAUACCCCAGAUGUUGUUGCAUUCGGAUCCAAAGAUUCUGAUUCUCUCCAUCAACCCCAACAUCACCACUCUCUUCCACAUCAGCCAGAUAACUUACCGGCUUCAAAUACACAAUCUGAAGGAUCAGACUCUGUGAUUUUACUCAAAGUGAAAGAUUCCCAGACUCCAGCUCCCAGUCCUACUUUUUUCCAGGCAGAGCUGUGGAUCAAAGAAUUAACUAGUGUUUAUGAUUCUCGAGCACGGGAAAGAUUGCGCCAGAUUGAAGAGCAGAAAGCAUUGGCAUUACAGCUUCAAAACCAGAGAUUGCAGGAACAGGAGCAUUCAGUGCAUGAUUCAGUAGAACUGCAUCUUCGCGUACCUCUUGAAAAGGAGAUUCCUGUCACAAUCACCCAAGAAACGGGAAAAAAAGGUCAUAAAUUAACUGAUAGUGAAGAUGAAUUUCCUGAAAUCACGGAGGAAAUGGAGAAAGAAAUAAAGAAUGUAUUUCGUAAUGGCAACCAGGAUGAAGUUCUGAGUGAAGCAUUCCGCUUGACUAUCACACGCAAAGAUAUUCAAACUCUAAACCAUUUGAACUGGCUCAAUGAUGAGAUCAUCAAUUUCUACAUGAAUAUGCUGAUGGAGCGAAGUAAAGAGAAGGGAUUGCCAAGUGUGCAUGCAUUUAAUACCUUUUUUUUCACUAAGUUAAAAACGGCUGGUUAUCAGGCAGUGAAACGUUGGACAAAGAAAGUUGAUAUAUUUUCUGUUGACAUUCUUUUGGUGCCCAUUCACCUGGGAGUGCACUGGUGUCUUGCUGUUGUGGACUUUAGAAAGAAGAAUAUCACCUAUUACGACUCUAUGGGUGGGAUAAACAAUGAAGCCUGCAGGAUCCUCUUGCAAUACCUAAAGCAAGAAAGCCUUGACAAGAAAAGGAAAGAGUUUGACACCAAUGGCUGGCAGCUCUUCAGCAAGAAAAGCCAGGAAAUUCCACAGCAGAUGAAUGGAAGUGACUGUGGCAUGUUUGCCUGCAAAUAUGCUGACUGUAUUACCAAAGACAGACCAAUCAACUUCACACAGCAACACAUGCCGUACUUCCGGAAGCGGAUGGUCUGGGAGAUCCUCCACCGAAAGCUCUUGUGAAGACUGUCUCCAUUAGCAGACAUUGACCUUGUGGGGACCAGCUCUUUGUUGUCUACAGCCAGAGACCUUGGAAACAGCUGCUCCCAAUCCUCUGUUCUUGUAAAGCCCUUGAUCCUGGACCAGGCCCUGGCGAGAUGCAUUCACAAGCACAUCUGCCUUUCCUUUUGUAUCUCAGAUACUAUUUUUGCAAAGAAACUUUGGUGCUGUGAAAGGGGUGAGGGGACAUCCCUAAGCUGAAGAGAAAGACUGCUUUUCACUUCUUCAGUUCUGCCAUCUUGUUUUCAAAGGGCUCCAGCCUCACUCAGUCCUUAGGGGACUGAGAGAAGCUUGGAAAGACUCUUCGUUUCAUAUCAACUCUUGUUGUUAGGCCUUACUAAGAGGUAGGAAAGGGCAUGGGCAAAAAGUUAGGGAUGACAACCACCAGCAUAUACACGCACACACAUACAUGCACACAGGAUUUCCAAGACAUGUUGUCAGGAAUGUGACUGUAAACUGGACUUUGGGGCACAUGCAUAAGUCCCUCUUUCAGGACUUUUCCUAUUUAUAUGCCCCUUUGUGAAAUCUGUCUGUUCUGUACAAGGCUGUUUUAUCAUCUUGUAGCUUCCUCCCAUCUUGAGGCACAACACACGAGCUAUGGGUGGACCCCAAGGUCCCAGGCAGUCCUUUCCUUAAAAGCAGGAGUUUGCAUGUGCUUACAAGACAUAAUAUGGGGAAGACCCACCCAGGGAGCGGUUUAGUGGAGCAACAAGCACCACUUUGACUGCCGCCUACUUCUGACCAAGAUGAAGAAGGACCUCAGUCUUUAGCAGAAAAUUCCAGCAUUGUAUGAAUGCAGGUCUAGUUUGGUCUGUGGCUGAUUAGUUUAAAUAUGCUUCUAACCACAGAGAAUUUAAUAUAUAUAUAUAUAUAUAUAUAUAUUUCACAGGGAUAUGCUUUCUUUUUAAAAGGCUGAAUGUGUUCACCAUUUUAGCCUGCAGAUUUAUUUCCAUUUUCCAAAUUUAGCUCUAGCACGCACAGAUCCCAACCCCUCUGUGUAGGGUGUUUGUGGACUUCCUAACAGAAUAUUUCAAGGCCUGGAUGAUCUUUGGCUUAGGGGGAAGAGGUUACAGAGGGAGAUGAGAUUUUCAACUGGAAAACAGGUGGAAUUUGGACUGAGCAACUUGAGAUUUUAAAACUCCUAUUCCUUUUGUUCUUUCUAGCAUCUCCCCCACCCUCUGAGUGGUCCUCAGGCUAAAUAGUGAAAUGAUCCAAUGCCAGUGUCAUUUUGUACUUAAGUUCCAAAAUAGGAACGUUUUAUACUUUUUUCUGUAUUGUAAUAGGUAGUUUUGUAUGAAAUCUUUUCUCCUCUUCCCAUGUACCCCAUCCUUUCCAGCAUUGUGCUUUCUCCCUGGGCUUAUUUGAAAAUUUUACUCUGUUUUAUACCAAGCUUGUUUAGUACAUUUUUCUAUGUUUUACCACAGGUUACAAUUUGAAAAGAAAACUAUUUUUUUUAAAUAUUCCAUUGUUAACUGAAUGUUACUGUCUCCACUCCAGCAACUAGAGGGUCCUACCUUUUCAUAACUGCCUGCCUUCUCGGGGAAGACCACCUUUUGUUUGUUUGUUUUCUUUUCUUUCUUUCUUUCUUUUUUUUUUUUCUUUUGGUGUUUUCUAUAGGAAAUAAAUAGCUUUCUAUAUAUGAGUUGGUGGGACCUUUCACAUUCUCUUUAGAAAGCUAUGGCAUGCAGGUCCAUUGUAGGACUCCUGAAUAUUGAUUCUUGGUACUUAAUGUAUUUAAGUGACAACUUGAAAGGUGGCAGUAUGGUAUAGAUUGGGACUAUGAAUUGAAAGACCUGAGUUUCUCAGGCUCUCUUGCUAUUGUCUGGGGGACUCAGAACAAGAUAGUUCUCUGUGUUUAUUGUUUGUCCAUUUAGAUAACAUCUGUCUUACCUUCCUCACAGACUUUUUGUACAGACCAAAGGAACAAAUAUUUAUUGCCAUGUAUAGCAGAAAAUGAAACAUGCAACAAAAGCACUUUGAAAAAUA